AUGGAGAACACACCGGAAACUGGACACCCCAUCACCACUGCAAGUUCCGACGCGGCGGCGUUUAUGGCAGAUUUGACGAAGAGGUUUUGCAGUGCAGAGGAGGCGAUGAAGGCCUUCGCUCUCUUCACGAUAAUAAUGGAACAGGCCAAACCUUCCACAACAACAACCACACCACCACCACCGCCGACGAUUCCAGAAGAGUCGACGGCCAAACCUACGAUUUUGCAUGCACCAGCCAAGCCGACCACCAGCGCGCCAGAGAAGGACGCAGCGGUAGGCGAAGACGAGGGGGUUGAGGCGGAUCUGGCAGAGGAUCUUGUGCAAAUGGCGGUUGGUGACCAGAGGAAGACACUGGUGUUGGAGGGGGGAACCCCUGUUUCUGCAGAUGGUGUUCGUGAGGGGAAAACCCUAUUUUGUGACGAUGUUGCCGAGGGGGAAACCCCUGAAAAGUUGGUGGGCGGUGAAGCCCGUGUUUCUGACCAGUUAGUUGCUGAGGGGGAAACCCCUGUUUACAUUGAGGGGGGACCCCUAGUCUGUCUGAGGGGGGAGGCCCCCGUUACUGAUGCGAUUUCGGUGCCCGAAGAAAGUGGGCUAAAUUUGGUGGUAGAUCUGGUAGAGAAUCAGGAGGACGCAGACUCGCCGGUGGAUAAAAGGGAGGCCAGGCGUAGGGCCCGUAGGAGCUUGAGGGACGAGAUCGAUGUUCUCACCCUACCCACGGAGGAGGAGUGCCUAGCCCCGGGAACAGAGGGCGAACAAGUGGAGGAAGCCCCUGGGUCUAGCGGGGAGGUGAACGAAGUAGAAGAACGCCGCCUGGCGGAGGAACGCAAAAGGAAAGGAAAGCAUGCAGCUACCUCCCAGACCAAGAAGCCCAGGAAGACUGUAGUGGGCAAAUCUAUUGAAACUCCGCUCCCAGCCCCUACCAAGGUUCCCUUCGCCAAGGAACAGGUCGGCCCUACUCCAGCUACCGAGUCAGAGGAAGAAGAAAUGGAGGAACAAGAGGAAGAGUUGAAUUUCGAGCCAGCGGAGGUCUGGCUGACAAAAGGGUUGUUGGAAGCGAUGGGGAAGUUUGAAGAUCCGAAGAGGACAACAACCUACAAAGAGCGGUGUGGUUCUGGCAAGCUAGCAAAAUCUGGGAAACGGUACGAUCGUGAUGAGUUACGGGAGAUAGACUCAGAUGAGGAGUUCCGUCAAUACAUCGGUGCCAUUGGAUUUGAUUGGCUUUUAAAACAUAGUGAUGCGGAGGUGCCAACAGCAUUGACACGGGAGUUUUUCUCGACUUCCUGCUGUUUACUGAGGAGCAUGAGAUGA